UUGUUGUGGUUGUUGUUUACCCAGGUAGAGCCUCUCUCUCGUAGGGAUGUCAAUUGAGUCACAGCGAGUAUGGGAAUCCAUGUCAAGGUUGGGACAUUACAACGCGGGGCCUAGCCACGCGGGGCCUCGCCUCCUGCCCUCGCCUGAAGGCCUUUGUUUGAAUUCUCUCGCUUCAACUUGAUCUGGAAGCUUUCGUGACGGCAGCAGAAAUACAAUAAAUGAAGAAACAACCAAUUUAAUUUAGUUGUUUUUUCAAAUUUUAGUUGUUUUUUCAUAAUAUUUUUUAAAUACAAAUUUAGUUUCGUAAAAAAUGAAAAAACUAUUUCGUUUCAUUUAUUUUAGUUGUUUAUUCAUAAUAUUUUAUUUUUCAUCAAAAAUGUUUUUAACAAAAUAAAAAAAACUAAUUUUAUUUAGUUGUUUCAUUUUAUUGUUUUACCUACGUGACUUUACCGAAAUAAACAUAGAAUUAUCUCGUUUAAACUUGAUCUGGAGCUUCGUGAGUGCAGGGAUCCAUACUAUUUGGUUCUUUAGGUAAAGUCACGUAGAAAAAAAACAUUAAUUAAGUAAUAGCAUACGACGUUUCCUUUGCGACACGAGCAACCACCAUCAGGUACAAAUGAAUGAGAAAACAAAGCUUGUAAACUUAGAACUAUAUUUUUUGGUUCUUUGCAAUACAACACAACACAGCGAGUCGGCUAACAUUACAGUCAACACCCCACCUGGUUGAUUAACGUUCUUCCAAAGAUUGCUAAAUUUGAGAGAACUAAACACAGACACGGAGACACACAGACACACAAGCAGAGAGAGACACCGACACACAGAGAGAGACACACAUAAGCAGAGAGAGAUGAGACAGAGAGAGACACAUAGGCAUUACAGAGAGAUACACACACAGAGAGAGAUAACACAAAGACACAGAGACACACACAUAGACACAGAUAGAGACACGAUGAGAGAUAGAGACACACACAUAGGCUCACAGAGAGAUAACAAAGAGACAGAGACACACAUAGACACACACACAAAGGCACACAGAGCGAGACAUACACAUAGGCACACAGAGAGACACACAUAGGCACAGAGAGAGAGAGAGACAAACACACAGAGAUAACACAGAGAGAGAGACACACACAUAGGCACACACAGAAACAACACCUCUGUGUCGAGGCCUUAAAUAGAGAGAGAGGGGGGCAGAGAGAGACGGGGGGGGGUAGAGAAAUGAGCAUGGCAAUGAGAGAUUUGGAGCUUUCGUGACUGCAGGAAAUGUAACCAAGCCAAGCCCGCUUGAGCUGCUGUACCGUUCUUAUGAUUUGAAGCUUUCGUGAGUGCAGGAAUCCAUACUCUUUGGUUCUUUCGGUAGAGUCACGUAGGUCAGAAAAUAAAAUAAAUCACGACGUUUCGUGCGAAAAGCGUCCGCUCUUGUUUUCAGACGCGACCUGCCCACACAACAAAGGUGGGCUUUGUCAACGUGUGGAAAUGACUAUCGGUCAAAGGCUCUAAACGCGUGCUGAUGUUCACUCUUAAAUGUGGAGUUGCAUCCGGAGGAAAAUCCACGCCACCACGGAGAGAGAGGGAGACACGCAAACUCGGUUAUGUUGAUUUGAUCCUCAAUUAUUUGGUGGAGUGAGUAAGCAUUGAAAACGUUUGGUUUAGCCAUGUUUGUUUGUGGUAGUACAGAGUUAGACUGAUACCUUUAAUCUAAGUUGUCUUAUGGUUGUUAUUGUUUGACUUGCAUCCCACUGGGAUUUUUGCACACAGCGUUGAAAUACGGUGUUUUUUCUGUUGUUUUUUCCUGGAUUUUUCUGUUGUGUGUAGUCACUUUAAGAUGUUUCUUGUUCAUGUUUUUGUUUGUUGCAGUUGCCCCCGAGUCAAGAGCCGCAUGGCUCACGGGGUUAUCUAUAUAUAAAAGGGAAAUUUGUGAAUGUGUAUCUGUUCUAAAUGUUUAGCAUACUUUCCGACAUGCAACAAACUUUAAAUUUGGCAUGUGGGUAGCUUCCAGAUUGUACACAAUGCAAAAAGUAUAAAAAUUGACUUUUGCAUUUUUGUGGGGUGGGGGGGCGCAAUAAUGGAUAUAUUUAGCACGGCAAGUGAGCGGUGACCUCACGUCUGUGAUGUCACCCUCAUGCGGCUGCGUCACGCAGUGUGCUUGCUGACGUCACGCACCCCCCACCCUCCGCGUAGGCCGUGGAUUCAUUCAAGACAAGAAUCCAAGUCUCGGGCUAAGCCAGCUGUCGCUUCCUCUGACGCUUCCUCUGCAGAAUUGGUCUGAUGGAGCACAGGCAGUCAGCACGGCUCGGUACGGCAAGGCAACAAUCCGACCAGCGUGCAUACAGCACGGAUCGGACUGAAAUUUUGACACAGCAUCAGAAAAAACACACGGGAGAAAAACCCUUCAAGUGCACUCGGUGUGAGAUGGCGUUUGCAGAUUCAUCAACUCUUCAAAGACACCAGAGAAAACACACGGGAGAGAAACCCUUCAAGUGCAUUGUGUGUGGGAAGGCAUUUUCACAGUCAUCUAAUCUUGCAAAACACAAGAGAACACACACAGGAGAGAAAUCCUUCAAGUGCAGUGUGUGUGGGAAGGCAUUUUCACAGUCACAAUAUCUUGCACGACACCAGAGAACACACACAGGAGAGAAACCCUUCAAGUGCAGUGUGUGUGGGAAGGCAUUUUUACGGUCACAACAUCUUGCAAUACACCAGAGAACACACACAGGAGAGAAACCCUUCAAGUGCACUCUGUGUGGGAAGGCAUUUUCACAGUCAUAUGAUCUUGCAAAACACCAGAGAACUCACACAGGAGAGAAACCCUUCAAGUGCAGUGUGUGUGGGAAGGCGUUUGCAGGUCCAUCAAAUUGUCAAAUACACCAGAGAACACACACAGGAGAGAAACCCUUCAAGUGCAGUGUGUGUGGCAAGGCAUUUUCACAGUCAUCUGAUCUUGCAAUACACCAGAGAACACACACAGGAGAGAAACCCUUCAAGUGCAGAGUGUGUGGGAAGGCAUUUUCACAGUCCUCAAAUCUUGCAAAACACCGGAGAACACACACAGGAGAGAAACCCUUCAAGUGCAGUGUGUGUGGGAAGGCAUUUUUACAGUUGCAACAAAUUGCACAACACCAGAGAACACACACCGGAGAGAAACCCUUCAAGUGCAGUGUGUGUGGGAAGGCAUUUUCACAGUUACAACAUCUUGCACGACACCAGAGAACACACACAGGAGAGAAACCCUUUAAGUGCAGUGUGUGUGGGAAGGCAUUUUCACAGUCCUCAAAUCUUGCAACACACCGGAGAACACACACAGGAGAGAAACCCUUCAAGUGCAGUGUGUGUGGGAAGGCUAUUUCACAGUCCUCAAAUCUUGCAACACACCAGAGAACACACACAGGAGAGAAACCCUUCAGGUGCACUCUGUGCGGGAAGGCGUUUGCACAUUCAUCAACUCUUCAAAGACACCAGAGAAAACACACGGGAGAGAAACCCUUCAAGUGCAUUGUGUGUGGGAAGGCAUUUUCACAGUCAUCUAAUCUUGCAAAACACAAGAGAACACACACAGGAGAGAAAUCCUUCAAGUGCAGUGUGUGUGGGAAGGCAUUUUCACAGUCACAAUAUCUUGCACGACACCAGAGAACACACACAGGAGAGAAACCCUUCAAGUGCAGUGUGUGUGGGAAGGCAUUUUUACGGUCACAACAUCUUGCAAUACACCAGAGAACACACACAGGAGAGAAACCCUUCAAGUGCACUCUGUGUGGGAAGGCAUUUUCACAGUCAUAUAAUCUUGCAAGACACCAGAGAACUCACACAGGAGAGAAACCCUUCAAGUGCAGUGUGUGUGAGAAGGCAUUUUUACGGUCACAACAUCUUGCAACACACCAGAGAACACACACAGGAGUGAAACCCUUCAAGUGCAGUGUGUGUGGGAAGGCGUUUGCAGGUCCAUCAAAUUGUCAAAUACACCAGAGAACACACACAGGAGAGAAACCCUUCAAGUGCAGUGUGUGUGGGAAGGCAUUUUCACAGUCAUCUGAUCUUGCAAUACACCAGAGAACACACACAGGAGAGAAACCCUUCACGUGCAGAGUGUGUGGGAAGACAUUUUCACAGUCCUCAAAUCUUGCAACACACCAGAUAACACACACAGGAGAGAAAUCCUUCAAGUGCAGUGUGUGUGGGAAGGCAUUUUCAUACUCAUCUGUUCUUGCAAGACACCAGAGAACACACACAGGAGAGAAAUCCUUCAAGUGCAGUGUGUGUGGGAAGGCAUUUUCAUACUCAUCUGUUCUUGCAAGACACCAGAGAACACACACAGGAGAGAAACCCUUCAAGUGCAGUGUGUGUGGGAAGGCAUUUUCAGAGUCAAGUGAUCUUGCAAAACACCAGGGAACACACACAGGAGAGAAACCCUUCAAGUGCAGUGUGUGUGGGAAGGCAUUUUCAGAGUCAAGUGAUCUUGCAAAACACCAGAGAACACACAAAGGAGAGAAACCCUUCAAGUGCAGUGUGUGUGGGAAGGCAUUUUUACAGUCACAACAACAUGCAAAACACCAGAGAACACACACAGGAGAGAAACCCUUCAAGUGCAGUGUGUGUGGGAAGGCAUUUUUACAGUUGCAACAAAUUGCACAACACCAGAGAACACACACCGGAGAUAAACCCUUCAAGUGCAGUGUGUGUGGGAAGGCAUUUUCACAGUUACAACAUCUUGCACGACACCAGAGAACACACACAGGAGAGAAACCCUUCAAGUGCAGUGUGUGUGGGAAGGCAUUUUCAGAGUCAAGUGAUCUUGCAAAACACCAGAGAACACACACAGGAGAGAAACCCUUCAAGUGCAGUGUGUGUGGGAAGGCAUUUUCAGAGUCAAGUGAUCUUGCAAAACACCAGAGAACACACACAGGAGAGAAACCCUUCAAGUGCAGUGUGUGUGGGAAGGCAUUUUCAUACUCAUCUGUUCUUGCAAGACACCAGAGAACACACACAGGAGAGAAACCCUUCAGGUGCACUCUGUGCGGGAAGGCGUUUGCACGUUCACAACAUCUUCAACACCAGAGAACACAAAAGCAUCAGAAGAUCCACAAGGAGUGGAGUCUGAAAUCAGCUUGUGAAAGUCAAAGUGCCGUAAGGAGCCCAUCCCUCAUGAAACAAGUACCGGAAAAAAAUCCCAGUUUGGGCACUUUGAAAGGUAUCAAGGCGGAAUUUGAAGAGGUGAUUGUGAAAUGUGAAGAGGUGACGUUGAAUAGCGAAGAAGUGAAGGUAAAAUGUGAAGAUGAAAAUUCGACUCCAGAAUGGGACCUUCACAUCGGUGGAGGCAACGUGAAGCAAGAGGGGAAUUCUGACUGUAAGGCAGAGCGAGGCAACUCACAGCAGUUUGUGGAAGUGGAGGUGUGGGUGGACUUCCUAGACAAUAUAAAGUCAAAUGGAGACCCGGUAGAUGUGUAAGCUUGAGAUGAUGUCGCGCCCAAUAGAUGCACCUUUGUCACAGGCCUUUAAUGAAAAUAAUGUGAAGUAGAACAUUGAAAUCUUAGGUUCAACCUGCAGGGUAAGAGCGGCCAGUCUUGGUGGAUCUGUUGGUUGGGUAGAUAUCUCACCAGGAGCUUCGUUGUGUUUCACACUGAACCCUAUGGGAGCCUUCAUCUGGCUCUUGUGAGCCUCAGUGAUUCACACUGAAGCCUAUGGGAGCCUUAGUCUUGCUCUGUGAGCCUCGGUAAUUAACACUGAACGCGAUGGAUGGGAGCCAGUGACAUGGCAUGAGGUCAGUGGCUGGGGAGGCACUGGGGGCGUGGCCUCACAGGUGUGUCUGACACGCCCACCCCCCUCAGUGAGGCAGAUGUGAUAGCUGCCUCCCCUGGUGCUUUUUCAUUGCACUUUCAUGACGAGACCAGCGAGCCUACGUAUCUUUAUGCACAUACAGUAGAACCUCUGGUCGCGAAUGCUUCUGACCACGACCAAAUUGGGUUUCGACCAAAACAUUUACAACAGUUUAUUUAAUCUGGUCACGAACACAUACUCGGGUGGAGAUCAAACACGGCCGCGGCCGAUUUCCCCUUCCGCGCCAUUUUUGUUGUUGAAUUACACAAAGCGUAACAGUUAUGUAUAUAUCUUUUGUAAUAUAAAAUUCCUAGUAAGAUAUGUAUACAUUUUGUAAGUGUAGUCAUACCCCUCCUUCCUCAUUCAAGCCAUAGUUUAGAGAGCGAAAGCGCUGAGUACAUCAAUCGCUAACAUAAGAACCCGUUAAUCUCUUCUCGCAUCAUUAAUACGAUGAUGCGGUGAAGUAAACGUUCAUACGAUAUUACGGUGAAUGCUUCCAAAAACAAUACUGUACCCAAAUAUUACUGUUAACUUUCAAUAGAAACAUAAAUUGCUCAUACGAAUAUGCUCUCUCAGAAUCGACCGACUGAUGUAGCAGACGAAACAGUAAUCUUGUUGAACAAUUCUAAACCUUGUCAGUUUUCUCUGUUUUUCAAGGUUUUCUCAGUGUUAUGCAAUGUUUUUACAUUUAGUUUACUAUUACAAUGAAUUCUAUGGCAUAAUUAACUAUUUUUGUCCUUAAAAUUUUUUUAAAAACUUUAUAUACAGUUCGUAGGAGUCUGGAAUGGAUUAAUCAUAUUUACAUACAAUCCAAUGGGGAAAUUAGGUUUGAGUCACGACCAAAUCGGGUUGCGACCAAAGUUAUGGAACGAAUUAUGGUCGUGACCAGAGGUUCUACUGUACUUGAACUCCGUUACCUGGACUAUGGAAGGCGAGGACAUGUAAUGAAAGGGUCUGCAAACAUUCCAUUGGUGACAUGUUGAGAUAGUAACAGGCAAGCCCUUAGUGCCCGCGGUCCAUCCAGUGUCUGAGGGGAGGCUGAGCGUGUCGCUGCCUCACCUCUCGUCUCUCCCUGUACUUGCAGCGAAGCUCUGCAAAUUUGGCGAUUUUGACUAUAAAUAAAUAAUUAAGAAAAACACUUGUUUUUUCAUACAUGCUUUUAUGAAAUGUACUAGUAAUGGCAGAACUCCACGAAUCCAGGAAAUGGCCCCGAAGCUUGCCACAACGUAAGGGACCUUGGCCAAUUAUAGCCAACGUUAGUUGACUGUGGGGACAAUUAGACCGAAACAUAACAUAUUAAAAAGAAUGUUUAAAAAUAUAUAUUUUUAUAAUGAAAGAAUAUAGUAUUGUCAUCAGUAUGACAUAAGUAUACCAAGUUUGCAGUCGAUACCACAUUGGGAAGUUGGUUAAAAUUGAGUUACAAGAUUUGAGAAUAUGACAAAAAUGACAACAGACAGUUAAAAUAAAAUAUUUUAAAAUACUUUUUUUUAAAACACGCUUGAAUGAAAUGUACUGUCCGAGCUGCCCCUGCCCCCUUCUCAUCGCCCCUCCCCUCCCACAUGCCCCGCCCCUGGGCGUGGCUCCCCAAGGCUUGCCGUGACGUAAGGGACCGCGGUGAUUUACAGGCAACGUCAGUUGAUCGUGGACAAUUAGAGCCGUUAAGAAGUUAAAAAAGAUAUAUUUUUAAAUCCUUUAUAUUAAGUUCGCUUGCUUGCGUGCUUGCUUAGGACCGUGCAAAUCUUUCGCUCGUUUUUUAACCCACUUCCCGUGAUCCAAUCGAGCUGACAUUUUGCACACAGACUCGUUGUGCGAGACAAUUAAUGUUCGUGAAAAUUUUCAAAAUUUUACACUGUUUAGGGAAAACUAAUUAAAUAUUUAAUUACCAAUUGCUUAAUACUGGCAGACAAUCAUCUGACCCAUAGGUGGCAGCCAUCUCAAGCCAGAGGACGAGAGGACUCUAGCCGCCACGCAUAUAAAGGAUUUAUAGUGAAUAACUUUGUUUUUACGGGUUAUACUUAUUAAUGAUAAAAUAUAGUAUUGUCAUCAGUAUGACACACCUAUACGAAGUUUUCAUUCGAUAUGAAAUGGGAAAUACGGUUGAAAUUGAGUUACAAGAUUUUUGGAUACAACACAUACAGUACGUGAAAUAAAAGCGUGUAAAAUGUUUUAAAAUAUGUUUAGGAUUUCUUUUAUGAUAUAUCGCGUAAUCGGUAUGACAGCUAUACCAAGUUUGCAGUCGAUAGCACAUUGGGAAGUGUAAAAAUUAAGUUACAAUAUUUCGUUUUUGAGGAUGCAACAGACGAAGUGAGUUAAAUAGAAGCGUGUAAAAAUGAUUGGAAUCAUCAUCUUGGUUCUUUCGGUUAAGUCACGUAGA